CUUUAUCCUAUUUUAAAGGAGUUAAGCCAAACAACUUUUUUUAGAUUAAUUCGAGUUAAAUUGGACGGCCAGAAUUGUCCCUUAACCGACUUUUUAAAGGUCCAAACUACUUCUUGUAACUCAGAAGUUAAUCAUUAUGGAGAGAUUUGUACUUUGGAGAAAUCAGUUGAGAAUUCUGAAUUAGAUUUUAUGGGAAAGAUUAAAUUUAUUUAUAAAACUGAUGAUGUGAACCGAACUUUAACAAGAAAAGAAGAUUAUGCUCUAAAAGAACAAGGAGAGUGCCACGAUCCGGAUCUUGGAGAAUUUUGGUUGGACUUAUGCCAGUACAUUCCAACCAAUUCCAGCGAAUACGUGAAUCUUUUGCUAAACCCUGAAAGCAAUACGGGGUAUAAUGGAAGCGCAGUGUGGGCUUCUAUAUAUAAAGAAAACUGUUUCGAUUCUGUAUUUAACAUGAAUGGAAGUAAACGUAAUUCUGAGCAUCAAUGCUACGAAGAAAAAGUCCUCUACAGGCUUCUCAGCGGCAUCCACACUUCUGUCAACGUCCACGUGGCUCUCCGCUUUUACCCUCCAGCAUAUCUCGAAGGCGACUGGUUAUCCAACGCUGCUUUAUUUAAAAAAUUUUUAGAUAAUCCUGAGUGGGUUCAAAAUUUGUACUUUUCCUUUUUAGUUUUGUAUCGGGCCGUUCAUCGAGCCGCUCCGAUCCUCCGUGAUUAUGACUAUCACCUUCCUUCUGUUGUUAUUUAA